GUUACCUAUAUAUAAUAGCAUUAUUCUCAAAAACUUUUUGCAAUUAUUUCAACCUUCAUUCCAUGGACACCAAAAGCUCAAAAACACACUCACCAUUAUUAUCACCAACUUCAAAUAGAAGCCCAAAAAGAAAAAGCAAUAAUGCAUGCAGUUCACCAGAAUUUGAAUUCUGGAUGCUAAGAAAUCCCUCUUUACCACAACCCAACAUCCUUUCCGCCGAUCAACUCUUCCUCGACGGUGUCAUCCUUCCCCUCCAUCUCAUAUCCAACAAACCCGACCCGAAACCCGACUCUGAUCAGUUACCCGACUCAUCUCCUGCCAUAACUGAUUAUUCAACCAUCAGCACUAUAUCUAAACGAUGGAAAAAUAUCUUCAGUAAGAAAAACAACAACAAUACAGAGGAGAAAGUGAAGAAGAAAGAGAAGAAACAUGGAAAAGGUGGUUGUGGCGGUGACUCUUCUUCGUCUGAACUUUACAUCAAUAUAUGGCCUUUCUCUCGGAGUAAGUCAGCCAAAAACUCUGUCACUCGACCUAAAUCAGCUCCGGUUUCCCGGAAAGUAAACAGUGCGCCGUGCUCUAGAAGCAAUUCCGCCGGAGAUUCAAAGUCGAGGAAGUUUCCCAGUAGUCCAGGUCGUGUGGGAGUCCAUAUAGGGAGGAGCAGCCCCGUUUGGCGCCGUGGAGGCUCCAUUGGCAAGAACAUAGAGCCACUGAAUAUGAAAACUGAUAAGUCCAAAAGAGAAACUCCCACGGGUCACCGGAGAAAGGUCGUUGCAGCCGCCGGUGGUGGUGGUGGUGGUAAUGCCAAAGCACAGAUUUUGAAUUUGAAUGUUCCGGUGUGUGUUGGGUACAGUCAUAGGUUGGGCUGCAGAACCGAGGAGAGCAGUGGUAGUAAUAAGCUUUUUAACCUGCGCAACUUCUUCAUGAAGAAAACAGUUAUAACGGUGUGAGUUUUUGUUUUUAUUUUUCAGUGAUGUAAUAAAAUAUUACUAGUACUAGUGAGUGAGAGAUUUUUUUUUCUCUAUGAGCAAGUUUACUAUCAGUGUGGGUUAUUGCUAAUGAAAUUAUUUUUCAUUUUUUGUAUGUUUUUUCUUUUUGUAAAAAUAUAAAUUAAGGGAAGUUUCAAGUA